GCUUGCUGGUAGUGGCUACUUCGAUCGGACCGUCGGCUCGAUGGUCGCGGCCAUCUUGGCAGAGAUUGAGGCUUUUCGUGCGGAUCGCCCCUGGCUGGCGAACGGAGUUGAGGCGCUUCAAGAGCGACUUCAGCAACUCACUUUGCUUCAAGCAGAUGAGGAAGCGAGGUGGAAGGACGAAGACGUUCUCAGCUGUCACCAGUUGGAGAAGUCGAGGGCAGAGCUGCAAGAGGCGGCGCGCUGCCAGAGAAUUGAGGAGGACCAGAUGCAGACUACACGCGCCACGCUUCAGGCCCUCCAGCAGCGUGCACAUGAGGCGGAGGAAAUGCGCCUCCAGGAACAGCAAAGGCAGCGUGAGCAGCUCCUCGAGUACAAGGAUGGGCUCCGGCACCUGUUGGGAAAGCUGAGGGAGGAGUAUGACCAAGACAUGGCCACACUCAAGCAGGUGCAGGAGGAG